AUGCGCGCCUGGACACGCCCACACCGCGGACCAGCAAGCAACCUCCAACUAACCACCCUCCCCACCCCCGCCAUCCCCCCAACCUCAUCCGCAGACGUCCUAGUGCGCAUAUCCCACGUCGCACUCACCUUUAACACCGAACUCCUCAUGACCCUAAUCCCCAACACACCCCUCACAAGACCCUGGAUUCCCGAGAUCGAAUUCUCCGGCCAAGUCGUCGCCGCAGGCGCCAACGCACCCGCUGAACUACGCGACCCCGGCACGCACGUCAUCGGGUUCCAGAGUAUUCUGGGAUAUGCGACGGGGCUCGGUGUGUUGGCGGAGUAUAUUGAUGGCGCGGUUGAUAUGGCGGCGGCGGCGGGGAUUAAUGGGGCGGGGAGUUGUGCGUUGAAGAUUUGUCGGAGGGCCGGGGUGAGGGAGGGUCAUGUUGUGCUUGUUAAUGGGGCGAGUGGGUCUGUUGGAUCGGUGGUUGUGCAGUUGUGUAAGGUUCGCGGGGCGAGGGUGGUUGCUGUGGCUAGUGGGGGUAAUGAGGAGAUGGUGCGUGGAUUGGGGGCUGAUGAGUUUAUUGACUAUCGCAAACAUGACCCGCUACCGGAUUAUCUUACUAGUCAAUACGGUGAUAAACCAUUUGACUUUGUGCUCGACUGUGUCGGGACGCAGGCGCUGUAUGCCAAUUCGCCGGCAUAUCUCAAGCCUGAAGGUGCGGUGAUCAAUAUCGGGUUCUUGGAGGGUAUUGUUAAGACGACGAUCAACGUGCUGGCAAAUCAAUUCCUGCCUACGUGGCUGGGUGGCGUGCCGCGUCGGUAUAUCACGUUCAGUACGCCACCGGAUCGUGAUGCUGCUGUUUAUAUGGCGCGUCUAGUGGAGGAGGGCCGUAUUCGGAUCCCUGUGGACUCUGUCUUUGAUAUGGAGGAUGUUGUGGGUGCUUACGAGCGUGUUGCUACUAAGCGUGCCCGUGGUAAGGUUGUGAUUAAGGUGCAGAGGGAUUAG